UGGCCGAUUCGAUGGCAAAAUUACUUUUCUUUUCUGUCACCGUUUUCACUUCAAUUUUCCCUGCUUCAACUUCUGGUUCUGCUCGCCUUGAUCAAGGUUUCCGUCAAUGUUUUCAGGCAAUUUUAGGGAACAACACAACUUCAGAAGUAACAUUCAGUAAAAGUAGUUCCUCUUAUGAACCACUUUUGAAUUCUUCUAUAAGAAAUGCCAGAUUCCUAAGCAGUUCAGUCCCAAAACCAGAUCUUAUUGUCACUCCACAAAGCCUAUUCCACAUCCAAGUAGCACUGCUUUGCUCAAAGAAAAACAACUUAGAAGUAAGAGUUCGAAGUGGGGGCCAUGACUAUGAGGGCCUUUCUUAUGUUUCUCACGUUCCAUUCGUCAUCAUUGAUCUUAUCAACCUUAGGUCAAUAACCAUCAAUAUGGACGAAGAAAGUGCAUGGGUUCAAUCAGGUGCUACAGUUGGAGAACUCUAUUAUGCAAUUGCACACAAAAGUAAGGUCCAUGGGUUCCCUGCUGGAAGUUGCUCCACCGUGGGUGUUGGAGGGCACUUCAGUGGAGGAGGGUUUGGAACAAUUUUCAGAAAAUAUGGCUUAGCUUCUGAUAAUGUCAUUGAUGCCCAGAUAAUAGAUGUGAAUGGAAAGAUACGGAAUAGAACACUGAUGGGAGAAGAUCUCUUUUGGGCCAUAAGAGGAGGGGGAGGGUCAAGCUUUGGAGUCAUUACUGCAUGGAAAAUCAAGCUUGUACGUGUUCCUUCAACAGUGACAGUUUUUGAUGUUUCAAGGUCCUUGGAACAAGGUGCCACUGAACUUUUCCACAAGUGGCAAAUUGUUGCUCCCAAACUUCCUGCAGAACUUUUUCUGCACGUUGUUGUGGGAGUUUCCAAUUCAGGUUCUCAGGGUGGAAAAACUGUGGUUGUUUCCUUCACAGGAUUGUACCUUGGGACAGCUCAGAAUCUCCUUCCUUUGAUGCAAAACAGUUUUUCAGAACUGGGUUUGCAGCACAACAACUUCACCCAGAUGACUUGGAUUCAAUCUGUUCUUUACUUUGCAGGCCACUCAAUAGAUGAAUCGUUGGAGGUCUUGCUCAGGAGAAAUCAAACAUCUUCAAGUUUCAAAGCAAAAUCUGAUUUUGUUAAGGAACCAAUUCCCUUAGUUGGCUUAGUUGGGCUAUGGAAUAUGCUGCUAUUGGAGAACUCACCACUGUUGAUCUUCACACCAUAUGGUGGAAAAAUGAGUGAGAUUUCAGAAUCAGAAACUCCUUUUCCGCACAGAAAAGGGAACUUAUAUGGUAUUCAGUAUUCGGUGAAUUUGGGUUCAAAUGAAGAAGCCCCAAAGCAUUUAUAUUGGAUAAGAAGAUUGUAUGAAUAUAUGGCACCCUACGUGUCAAAGUUGCCAAGACAGUCAUAUUUGAAUUACAGGGACCUUGAUUUGGGUGUGAACCAAGGAAAAAUGGACUAUGAAACAGCAAAACCAUGGGGUUUGAAAUAUUUCAAUAAGAAUUUUGAAAGACUGACACAAGUGAAGGCCAGGGUUGAUCCUGGAAACUUUUUCAGGGAUGAGCAGAGCAUUCCACCAUUGUAG